GAGACGCUGCUACAUUUUACCGAGAACCGGGAUGGAGGAGAGGUGGAGGGGGGAAGAAAAAAAGUUUCAUUUAAACCUGGCAGAGAAACUUUCAACAUGAAGCCGCACUGACGCACCAUUUCACCACCGCCACAACAGCAACAACAGCGCUAGAACAAAGCUUGCUUUCCCAUUGAAUACAUUUUUUCUCCUCCCAGCUUGUGUUUUUCUCUCGUUUCUUGUCUUAUUUUCUGUAUGCGAGGCUGGUCGGGGCUUGCUGUCACUGCGCGCUGAGAUGUUGGAGUGACCAUGGCUGCGCAAGUGGCAUCGGCUCCGACCAGAACUAAUAAUAAAAAUAAGAAAUUAUCCAGCGGUUUGGGUCCGGAGCUCAAUUCGGGGAAAUCCGGAGGAGGAGGAGGGACCGUACAGCGGACUGGACCGAUGCUGGGAGCCGGAGAUGGGACUCUGAAUAAUGUAGACCAUCACCGCCGAAACGAGCUCAACAUGGUCCAUUCAACUUCCACGGCUCAUAACGCUCCGGACGGCCACGAUAAGGACAGGGACAGUGGGAAUAACCUUACGUCCGCGACGGCGUCGACAAAUUCAACCACUUCCUCGAUGGAAACUGGUUUGAUCGCGAACCACAAGCUGAAAUAUGUGGGGAGCGGAGAUCCCCCUCAGCCUCAGCCGCCGCAGCAGCAGCAGCCGCCGCAAUUCAGUCAAUUUGCGCCACAUCAUCAGCGACAAAUCCAAAGUAACAACAUCAACAACAACGGUCAGGGGGCCCGGGGCGAUCGAGGUAUGGAUCACCAACACCACGGAGGCAAAGAGAACCUGUUGGGGGGCCAGGGGGAGCCACAGCAGCAGCACAUGCCGGGGAAAGGUGAGGGGGAUCUCACCUGUAAACCCGGGGAGAGGAUGAUGGGCUCCAGGUACGAGCACCCCAACUUGGGACCAACGGGUAACAACUCCGAGUUUAAUAACAACUAUUACACUUCAAGGCCCUGUUAUGAGCAACAUGGCGGACAGCAGCAACAAAGCAGUGGGAUGGGGAUAAUGCACUCCUCGGCACAUAACAGCAUGGAGAACUCCCACGAAGCAGGGUACCACAACAGCCAGUACAACCAGUACCCGGCUUACCGGGCGGGCUACGGCGGCGGGGCCUAUGGGAUGAUGGGCCCCUCGGGGUCCCGCCAGCCUGCAAACAUGAUGAUGGGCAGCAACUCCUCAACAAGCCACGGCAAGGCUCCUCUAGGAGCUGCCCCCGGUGGCUUUCAGAGGUUCCCCGGUCAAAGUCAGCAGCAGCAUCCCUCAGGGGCCACUCCGACCCUCAACCAGCUGCUGACAUCUCCGAGUCCAAUGAUGCGGGGUUAUGGCGGUGCCUAUCAAGACUACAGUGGCCCCACAGCGCAGCAACAAGCCGGCAUAGGCCUGGGAAAAGACGCGGGCCCCCAGUAUGGAGCCACCUCGGCGCACGGCUGGGGAGGGCAGCAGAGAAACCACCCUCAUUCAAUGAGUCCAGGCAACGGAGGGCAAGGCCUCAGCAGGACGCAGGUGGCUUCUAUGGACUUCAUGGCCAUGAAGCGCUCGCAGCUCUACGGUAUGGCCGGCAACCCGUACUCGGGCCCGCAGCAGCCGGGGGGCGGGCCUUACCCCAGCAGCCAGCCAUACACAUCGCCCGCUCCCCACCGCUACCCAAUGAGCAUGCAGGGCAGGGGCCAAGUAGGCAUGGGCGGGAUGCAGUAUCCUCAACAGCAGCAGGUGGCGCCGUACAGCCAGCAGGGGAUGGGGGGCUACAGCCAGCAGCAGCAGCAGCAGCAGCAGCAGCAGCAGCAGCAACAACAACAAGGGGGGCAGCAGCAGCAGCAGCAGCAGGGGACUCCUCCGUAUUUCAGCCCUCCUCAGCAGACGCCCCCAGGCCCCGCCCAGAGCCCCUACCUGCAGCCCCGCCCACCACCACAACAGGAGACCCAACAGGAGAGCUACAGCGCCAGGGGUCCUGCCCCAGGGAACUCUGGGAAGGCCAACCACGAGGACGGCGUCACCCAGGACCGCCCCUCGAGCCUGCCGGAUUUGUCCGGCUCCAUCGAUGACCUUCCCACGGGGACGGAGGCUGGUCUGGGUUCAGCCGUCAGUGCCGGGGGGUCAUCCAGCAGCAGCAGCAGCAGUAGCCAGGGGGAGCAGGGAGGUGCCGGUAACCAAGGCCAGUCCCCUUUCUCCCCCCACGCCUCUCCCCACCUCCCCAGCCAGAGGAGCGGACCCUCUCCGUCACCUGUGGGCUCACCUGCAGGCUCCACCCAGUCCCAGCAGUCCCGAUCGGGGUCCGGACCCAUCUCUCCAGCCAGUGGACCCUCUGCCGCCACCGCCCCACCAGGUUCCACCAUGGCUCCACAGACCCCUGGGAACGGCCCGGAUGGAAACCACCCUCCCAUCACACGUUCACCCAUGGCUCAGGAGAGAGGAUUCAUCUCCAACAUGCAAAGAAGCCAGGCCGGCUCCCAGUUUGCCUCUCCCCAGUCAGGCCCCCCCAUGUCUCCCCACCCCUCACCUGGGGGCCCGCUGUACCCCAACAUGGGCCAGUACUCCCAGAGUGGCCCCGCAGGCCCCUACGGACCACAAGGACCACAGUAUGGACAUCAAGGUAACUACCCUCGGCCCUCCAGCUAUGGCGGGACCCCUAGUACCAGCUACAGCGGUCCCGGGCCCGGCAUGAACAACAGUCUUGGGAUGAACGCCAGCGGCCCCAUGCAUGGCCAGGGGCCUGGACAGCCUGUACCUGCAGGACGUGGCCCUGGGACAGGUAACCAGAGCCGAUCGUACCCCUCUAUGGCCCCCAGCUCGCCCAGUAUGCCCCAGACUGCUGGACCGGGAAUGGGUCCUCCUUCACUGGGCACCUCCAACCGCAAGGCCCAGGAUACCACAGCAGCCCCCAUGCAGGUUUCUGCUGCCAACUCAACACACAGCAGACGGCCUCCCUAUGUGAGGUCACCGGCCCAGAUGCACCCUCCCCCUCCCAGUCCUGGCCACUGGCCCCCACCCCACCCUACCUCCACUCGUCUACCACCUUCACCUCCACCCCGACCUCACCACCCCUCCAUGCAGCCAUCCUCGCAUUCACAGCACCAUAGGCAGGGCAGCUACCAAGGCCCGGGCAUCACCCAGGCGAGCACCAUGCCCACUGGUGUCCCCUACAGCCAGCCAGCGGGCAACAACAGUUCAGCCAUGGGCAUCCCGCAGGGUCCGGCCUACAAUAUGCCACCUUCAGGAGCCAUGGGAAUGUCAGGAGAUGGGACGAUGAGUCUGGAUGGGAAACCAAAAACAGACGUCAAGGAUGAGAGUGGCCCCCCCAGUGAGCCUCACAAACCCAAGCUCCAGGAUGGCUACAAUAAUAACAGUAAUAACAGCAGUAGUGGCUCCCAGCAGUGCGUGUCCCAGCCGGCCACACCGGGCGGCGCCCUGCCGGUGCCCUCGCCGCUCUCACCCAGCCCGGCCAGCUUGUCCUCUUACCACGGAGACGAUAGCGACAGCAUCAGCAGCCCCCCCUGGCCCCCGAAGGCCCCCUCCAGCCCUAAGGCCAACCCCAACUCCUCCACCCUGAGCGGGGAGCGAAUUACGCGGCUGUACGAGCUGGGUGUGGAGCCGGAGAGGCGGAGCUGGGUGGAGCGCUACCUGUCCUUCAUGGAGGAGAGGGGCACCCCUGUCGCCCAGCUGCCUGCUGUGGGCAAGAAGCCGCUCGACCUCUGGAAGCUCUACAUGGCUGUUAGGGAGAUCGGAGGCCUGGCCAUGGUGAACAAGAACAAGAAGUGGCGCGAGCUGUCCACCACCCUGAACGUGGGCACGUCCAGCAGCUCGGCCAGCUCGCUGAAGAAGCAGUACAUCCAGUAUCUGUUCGCCUACGAGUGUAAGAUGGAGAGGGGAGAGGAGCCGCCGGCAGACAGCAGCAGCAGCGGCAGCAGCAUGGCUGGAGGAGACAACAGGAAGCAGGUCAAGAUCCAGCCGCCUUCGCCUGCCAAUUCAGGUGGCUCUCUCCAAGGCCCCCAGACCCCCCAGUCCUCAGGCAGCAGCUCCACAGCAGAGGCAGCUGGGGACCUGAAGCCCCCCACACCCGCCACCACCCCUCUGGGCCAGGUCACUCCACUGCCACCCAACAGGACCAGUGUGAGCAUCCAGGAUCCCUUCUCAGAGGUGAAUGACCCAGCCUUCCAGAAACGUGGUACCACCCUGCCCCCCUCAGCUCCUUACCAGCAGGGCCUUAGCAUGCCUGACAUGAUGAUGAGGAUGCAGUAUGAUGCCAAGGACCCCUUUGCUGGGAUGAGGAAGAUGGCAGGAGCUGACCCUUACAUGCCUGGCCAGAUGCCAAGCAGUGGAAUGCAAGAAAUGUAUGGCCGACCUCCAUCAGCUAUGGGCAUGGGCCAGCGCUCCCAGUACCCAUAUGGACCAGGCUAUGACAGGAGGCCAGACCAUGUGAUGGGAAUAGAGGGAAGCAUGGGUCCUCCUGGGAGUCAGAACAACAUGGGACCUUCUAACAGCGAGGGCAGCAUGUAUUCCCCCAACAGAUACCCCUCACAGCAGAGACACGAUGGCUAUGGCCAGCAGUACCCUGGCAUGCCCUAUGGCAUGCACCCCUCUGGGAUGUACCCACAGCAGCAGGGCUAUAAACGGCCUAUGGAGGGUAUGUAUGGUCCCCCAAGCAAGAGACAUGAGGGCGACAUGUAUGCCAUGCAGUACGCCAACCAGCAGCCUGACAUGUACAACCAUUACGGUGGUGGCUACUCAGGCCCUGAGCGCCGACCCAUCCAGGGACAGUUCCCUUACCCCUACCCACGAGACCGUAUGGUCCCUUCAGGGCAAGGCCAACACAGCAUGAUGGGUGGUGGGCCCACUCCCAACCAUGCUACUGAUGGGCCCAACAUGUGGCCAUCCAGGACAGACAUAGGUUACCCCUACGCCAACCGACAGGGGGCACCAUCACAGAUGCCACCUUAUGGCUCAAUGGGUAGAGAGGACAUGGAUGGCAGGCCCGGCCAGGAGCAGUGGCACCGCCAGUCUCCCUACAUGUCGUCAUCAGGCAGCAUGCCAUCCUUGUCAUCACGUCAGCCACCGUCAUCCUAUUCCAACUCCCCAUCUAUGGCCAACCACCUACCCCGAGCACCCAGCCCAGGAGCCUUCCAGCGCUCCAUGGAGUCUCGGAUGUCACCCAGCAAAGCGCCAUUCAUGUCUCCCAUGAAGAUGCCUAAGCCAGGAAUGGCCAUGCUGGGCUCACAGGGCAGUGGGCCUCUGGGUCAGUUUCCUCCCAACCUGAGAAGGGAUCUCAACUACCCGCUGGGAUCAGUGGAGGCAACCAUGCCCAUUCUCAAGCCUCGACGCAAGAUUACCUCCAAGGACACUGGAACCCCUGAGGCCUGGCGCGUGAUGAUGUCUCUGAAGUCUGGCCUGCUGGCAGAGAGCACAUGGGCUCUCGACACUAUCAACAUCUUGCUGUACGAUGACAGCACUGUGGCCUCCUUUAACCUCUCCCAGCUACCUGGCUUCCUGGAGCUGAUCGUGGAGUACUUCCGCCGUUGUCUGAUUGAGAUCUUUGGCAUCCUAGAGGAAUACGAGGUGGGGACUGUGGCUCAGAAAAGUCUUCUGGGUCCUGCACCUAGCAAGAAGGAAGAGUCUACACCUGAUGCAGAAAUAGACGGCGAAGUCCAACCCUCAUCUACAACAGGAGCAGAGCUGAGGGAGGAGCAACCAGGAGACGUCACAGAAGAACUUCCACCUGCCACAACAGAACUAGAAUCAGUGGAGGUGAAUGAAGAGAAAGAGGAGUCUGUUGUGAUCAUGAAGAAAGAGGAUGAAAAUGAAGAGGACAAAGAGAAAGAGAAUGAAAAAGAGAAAGAGAAAGAGGGAGAGAAAGAGGGAGAAGUGAGUGAGAAGGCUGCAGAGAGUAAAGCAGAAUUUGUGGAGCAACCUGUUGCAGAGCUGGAACCCAGGCCUAAACAAGCCAGCAAAUACGACAAGCUCCCCAUCAAGAUUGUCCACAAAGAGGACCUGAUUGAAGACAUGACAGAGCAGCUGGGCCACGUCACUGAGUUCACAAGUGGGCUGCUGCAUUGGCAGGCUGGCGGGGGAGACUCCACUGCCCACAUCCAGACGCACUUUGAACCCCGGAGCGAACUGCCCGUCAGAGUAGACAGAAAGACGGGGAAAGAAGGGGAACAGGAAGACAAGGCAGAUGAAGGGAAGGCGCAAACAAGGAAACACAUCACCGCCACCAUUGAUGACGUUCUGUGUGCUCGGGUUGAUGCCCUCUCCUAUGCCCACCCCGCACGCUCCUUACCAUCCUACCCCUUCAGGGUGCAUCCGGACGGGGAGCAGGACCACAUCACCUUGCUGGAGGAUGAGCCCCGCUGCCUGGAUGAAGCUCCUCUCUCAACCAUCUCACCCUGGCAGGAAUCACUGGCCAAGCGGUGCCUCUGCAUCUCUAACAUUGUCCGGAGCCUCUCCUUCAUUCCUGGGAACGACUGUGACAUGUCACGCCACCCUGCCCUCGUUCUCCUCCUUGGCAGGCUUCUCCUUCUCCAUCACCAGCACCCAGAGAGGAACAGAUCACCCCCGAGCCAGCAGAGAGAGGAACAGCAGGAGCAGGGGCUGUCUUAUUGUAAAGACGAGUGGUGGUGGGAGUGUCUGAGCGCACUCAGGGAGAAUGCCAUGGUGACUCUGGCCAACAUCUCUGGCCAGCUGGAUCUCUCCAUUUAUCCAGACACAAUCUGCCUCCCCAUCCUGGAUGGCCUCCUCCACUGGAUGGUGUGCCCCUCAGCCGAGGCCCAGGACCCUUUCCCAUCAGCGGCCCCCCACUCCCCUCUCACCCCCCAGAGGCUGGUACUGGAGUGCCUCUGCAAGCUGAGCAUUCAGGAUGGGAAUGUUGACCUCCUCCUGGCCACACCGCCUUUCAGUCGACAGGAGAAACUCUUUGCAGUCUUGGUCCGCUAUGUGGGCCAGAGGAAGAACCAGGUGUACAGGGAAAUGGCAGUGGCUGUCCUGUCCCACCUGGCACAAGGAGACCCCACGGCGGCACGUGCCAUUGCCAUGCAAAAGGGCAGUGUGGGUAACCUGGUAGGCUUCUUGGAGGACGGUGUUAGCAUGGCCCAGUACCAGCAGAACCCUCACAGUUUGCUGCACAUGGGGCACCCGCCGAUGGACCCGCCUAGCAUCAAUAUGAUGUGCAGGGCAGCUAAAGGCCUGUUGGCUAUGGCUAAAGUGGAGGAAAAUAAGGCAGAGUUUGUUCUGUACGAAAGCAGACUAUUGGACAUCUCCAUUUCCUCUGUCCUCAACUCGGGGGUGGUGGCUAUUAUUUGCCAAGUACUCUUUCACUUUGGGAAAUUAUGACAGGAAGAGAGGUAGGACUUGCUUGACAGACACUGAGACGGACAAGUUAUUUCUGUGGUUUUCUAUUUUUAUUUAAACAAAAUGGAAGAAAAUGUUUGUUUUUUAAUAAAAUAUCCACAUAUACAAAAUAUCUCUAUACAUGUAUAGCUUCUGGGCCCCAUUAAAAAAAUGGUUUUGGGAUUUGAAAGCUAAUUUUAAUACAACUAUUUAAUACCUGCUGUUGUUGGAUAGCCAUUGUUUGAUAUUUUGUUUGGCAUUUGUUUUUGUUUGUUUACUUUUUUCAGCCAAAGCUGCCACCAGAUUUUGGUGCUGAUUCAUGUGGUUUCUUUGAGUCUUAUGAGAUGUUUUUCAGUUUUAUAAAAGCUAAUAUACUCAUCAAUGUUUUGUUAUGGAGAGUAUUUAUUUAAUUUGUGACAUUGUACAGUAGUUAGAACUAUUUGCCAACAGUUCUGGGGGAAAAAAGAACACUGACUUUUUUAAAUUGAAAUGUAUAUGUCUCCAUCGCUGGAAGAUAAAUUGUGCAAUAGGACUAGAGCAAGUUGUCCCUUUUGAGAACGACUAGAAGAUGUGAAUCUUUAAAGACACCUGCAGGGUGUGCUUUAGGCCAUCGGGAGGCAGUGUUGCACCAGCCAAUCAGCAUUAUAAAAGAAGCGCAUCUGUCUAAAAGAAGUGUCUAAUUUAUCACAACCUCAACGACUUUCACUAAUGAACAUUGUGUUUCCUAAGCACUUGUGUUAUGUCUGUAUUUUUUCAUCACUAUGUAAAUAGACUGUUGUACAUUGGACACACAUGAUUCUUUCGAUCUCAUAGUCAAGAAUAGCAAGAGAUGGGACUUUCUGACUAUUAUAGCAAAUGCUUUUAUUGUUGGUAAAAUUUGUUAUUGUUAUUAUACAUAUUUUGUUAUUGGGGUCAAAUAUUUGAACAUGGCAAAUAUAACAGAUGUUUCAAUGUAAAAAUUCCUGUAUGCAUUGUAUUAUAGCUGAGAAAACAAUCGCUUUGGUAAUCAAAUGUGGAAGUGCCAGGGUGAGAGGAUAAUUAGUUGAGGUUACAUAAAAAACCUGAACACAUUUCUGUUUGUUAAUGUCCUCCAUUCAUGUCAAUGGGCGUAUUUUUGAACCUAGGUAAUGCUCUCAAAGAAAACUCAGAAAAGAACCUUCAAAAUGUCCUGAAAGCUCAUUGUAAAAUUUGCCUUUUUUCGUAUGACUCUAUGUCUCUCUUUUAUUCAGUAUACACAUUUAUACUCUGUGCUGCACAUGUCACAAAUAAAUGUACGAUGAACAUUGUUAAGCACCGGGGACGUUGCAUUGUGUCCAGACAAUCUUAGGCCAAUAAAACAAACAUCA